UUAAAAUAAAAGGCACAGUGCUAAGCACAGAAUUAUCUGUCUUGACGGCACCUUACUGAGAUUCAAACAAGAUUACUUGGAUUAUGAGAGAAGAAUCUGACAAUGCUGUGAGGCAGCAGAUCAUCAGUGUCUGGGUGCGAGACCCUCGGAUACGAAAGAAUGACUUCUGGCAUGCCUACAUAGACUAUGAAAUUUGUUUACAUACCGACAGCGUGUGUUUCACCAAAAAGAUCUCAAGCGUGAGAAGGAGGUUCAGUGAGUUUGUAUGGCUCAGGCAGAAGCUACAAGCAAAUUCAAUGCUAAUGGUACAGCUACCAGAGCUGCCCCCAAAGAACCCCUUCUUCAGCCUGAACAAUGCCCAACAGAUCACUGAGCGGAUGAAAGGGCUCCAGAGGUUUUUGGAACAGAUCCUCCAGAACCCUCUGCUGUUGUCCGACAGUUGCCUGCAUUUGUUCCUGCAGUCACAGCUCAGCGUGUCCAAGAUGCAGGCCUGUGCUGCUGGAAAGACCCACUUCUCUGUGGCACAGGCUGUCCAGUGCUGUGGCCUAAGGCGUUUCCACUCUGAAGAGGAUCUGCAGAAAGACCUCAACAUGUCCUGUGACUCUGACUCAGACAGCUCAGAGUGUAGAGAUCCAGAGCUUCGGAUUAAAGAUUUGACAAUAAACAAAGUGGAGAGCACAGCUUCACUUGAUCUCAUGGGAUCCAGCCAAGAGGAAACCCUCAGCUUCUCAUCUGGUUCUUCAUGAAAACAUCAUCAUCUUAUCACUGACAAGUAUGUUUGGACCUGAGAGGAAGAAAUUCACCUGUUACCCUGUCAUACAGCACUUAACUCCUAAUAAUUUAACUCGUAUUGCAUUCUCAUUAGGGCUUUUCAGUUCGAAAGAUGUACAGUAUAUAGUAAUGAAAAUGUGCCUAUUGUAUGUUCAUGAAGAUUGUUUAUGUGUAUUCUGUAAAGCUGUAGCAAAAAUGUGCCUGAAGAUGGCAGUGUUGUUACAUCCAUAUGUUUGUAUAUUCACUUAUCCAUGAACAUGUUGUAACAGUCCAUAUUUACUUCAUAAACAAUCUUAACAAAAGUA